GAAGGACACAGUGAGGUUCUCACCCCCGCCCCCCGCCCCUCGCUCCCAUCCCCAGUUCCAUCAAAGCGAGCCCGGGCCAGCGCAAGGAUCUCCGAGUUGCGAGUGUGCUGAGGCUGGGACUGUCACUCAUUCUCCGAUCAGCGCGUGAACGCAGCUCGGCGGCGGCUGGCAGGAAACAAUUCUGCAAAAAUAAUCAUACUCAGCCUGGCAAUUGUCUGCCCCUAGGUCUGUUGCUCUGCCGCCGUCCACACUCGCUGCGAGGGGGGCACAGAAUUUACCGCGGCAAGAACAUCUCUCCCAGCCAGCAGAUUACAAUGCUGCAAACUAAGGAUCUCAUCUGGACUUUGUUUUUCCUGGGAACUGCAGUUUCUCUGCAGGUGGAUAUUGUUCCCAGCCAAGGGGAAAUCAGCGUUGGAGAGUCCAAAUUCUUCCUGUGCCAAGUGGCAGGGGAUGCCAAAGACAAGGACAUCUCCUGGUUCUCCCCCAAUGGAGAGAAGCUCAGCCCGAACCAGCAACGGAUCUCGGUGGUGUGGAACGACGACUCCUCUUCCACCCUCACCAUCUACAACGCUGACAUCGACGAUGCCGGCAUCUACAAGUGCGUGGUCACCGGCGAGGAUGGCAGCGAGUCCGAAGCCACCGUCAACGUGAAGAUCUUCCAGAAACUCAUGUUCAAGAAUGCACCGACCCCGCAGGAGUUCAGGGAGGGAGAAGACGCCGUGAUCGUGUGCGAUGUGGUCAGCUCCCUGCCCCCCACCAUCAUCUGGAAACACAAAGGCCGAGACGUCAUCCUGAAGAAAGAUGUCCGAUUCAUAGUCCUGUCCAACAACUACCUGCAGAUCCGAGGCAUCAAGAAAACAGAUGAGGGCACUUACCGCUGUGAGGGCAGAAUCCUGGCGCGGGGCGAGAUCAACUUCAAGGACAUUCAGGUGGUUGUGAAUGUGCCGCCCACCGUCCAGGCCAGGCAGAGCGUUGUGAAUGCCACUGCCAACCUCGGCCAGUCUGUCACCCUGGUGUGUGAUGCUGAAGGCUUCCCGGAGCCCACCAUGAGUUGGACAAAGGAUGGAGAACAGAUAGAGAAAGAGGAAGACGAUGAGAAGUACGCCUUCAGCGACGACAGCUCUGAGCUCACCAUCAGGAAGGUGGGGAAGGACGACGAGGCCGAGUACGUCUGCAUUGCCGAGAACAAGGCUGGCGAGCAGGAUGCGUCCAUCCACCUCAAAGUCUUUGCAAAACCCAAAAUCACUUACGUAGAGAACCAGACUGCCAUGGAGCUGGAAGAGCAGGUCACGCUGACCUGUGAAGCCUCGGGAGACCCUAUUCCCUCCAUCACCUGGAGAACCUCCACUCGAAACAUCAGCAGUGAAGAAAAGGCUUCGUGGACUCGACCAGAGAAGCAAGAGACUCUGGAUGGGCACAUGGUGGUGCGCAGCCACGCCCGCGUGUCGUCCCUGACCCUGAAGAGCAUCCAGUACACAGACGCUGGAGAAUACAUCUGCACUGCCAGCAACACCAUCGGCCAGGACUCGCAGUCCAUGUACCUUGAAGUGCAAUAUGCCCCCAAGCUACAGGGCCCAGUGGCUGUGUACACUUGGGAGGGGAACCAGGUGAACAUCACCUGCGAGGUGUUUGCUUACCCCAGUGCUACGAUCUCAUGGUUCCGAGAUGGUCAGUUGCUACCAAGCUCCAACUACAGCAAUAUCAAGAUCUACAACACACCCUCUGCCAGCUAUCUGGAGGUGACCCCGGACUCAGAAAAUGAUUUCGGAAACUACAACUGUACUGCCGUGAACCGUAUUGGACAGGAGUCGUUGGAGUUCAUCCUUGUUCAGGCAGACACCCCGUCUUCGCCAUCCAUCGACCAGGUGGAGCCCUACUCCAGUACUGCGCAGGUGCAGUUUGAUGAGCCUGAGGCCACAGGCGGCGUACCCAUCCUCAAAUACAAGGCUGAGUGGAAGGCGAUGGGCGAGGAAGCCUGGCAUUUCAAGUGGUAUGAUGCCAAAGAAGCCAGCAUGGAGGGCAUCGUCACCAUCGUGGGCCUGAAGCCGGAGACCACGUAUGCUGUACGACUGGCAGCCCUCAACGGCAAGGGGCUGGGUGAGAUCAGCGCGGCCUCCGAGUUCAAGACACAGCCAGUCCAUAGCCCUCCUCCACCAGCUCCUGCUAGCUCCUCUACCCCUGUUCCAUUGUCUUCACCAGAGACAACCUGGCCUCCUCCUGCCCUUCCAGCCACAGAACCAGCUAGGGAACCCAGUGCACCCAAGCUCGAAGGGCAGAUGGGAGAGGAUGGGAACUCUAUUAAGGUGAACCUGAUCAAGCAGGACGACGGGGGCUCCCCCAUCAGACACUACCUGGUCAAGUACCGAGCGAAGCUGUCCUCCGAGUGGAAACCAGAAAUCAGGCUCCCGUCGGGCAGUGACCACGUCAUGCUCAAGUCCCUGGACUGGAAUGCCGAGUAUGAGGUCUACGUGGUGGCUGAGAACCAGCAGGGGAAGUCCAAGGCGGCUCAUUUUGUCUUCAGGACCUCGGCGCAGCCCACAGCCAUCCCAGCCAACGGCAGCCCCACCUCAGGCCUGAGCACCGGCGCCAUCGUGGGCAUCCUCAUUGUCAUCUUUGUCCUGCUCCUGGUGGUUGUGGACAUCACCUGCUACUUCCUGAACAAGUGUGGCCUGCUUAUGUGUAUCGCCGUCAACCUGUGUGGGAAAGCCGGGCCCGGAGCCAAGGGCAAGGACAUGGAGGAGGGCAAAGCCGCCUUCUCGAAAGACGAGUCCAAGGAGCCCAUCGUGGAGGUUCGAACCGAGGAGGAGCGGACCCCAAACCAUGAUGGUGGGAAACACACAGAGCCCAAUGAGACCACGCCGCUGACGGAGCCCGAGCUGCCUGCCGAUACCACAGCCACUGUCGAGGACAUGCUGCCUUCUGUCACCACCGUCACCACUAACUCUGACACUAUCACCGAAACCUUUGCCACUGCUCAGAACAGCCCCACCAGUGAAACCACCACCCUGACCUCCAGUCUUGCCCCGCCGGCCACAGCCGCGCCAGACUUGAACUCUGUGCCCGCUGGCCAGGCCACCCCUUCCAAGGGGCCCAGCGUCUCGGCCGCCUCCCCUCCCCCGGCCUCGGCCCCCAAAGUCGCCCCCCUCGUUGACCUGAGCGACACCCCGACCUCAGCCCCCGCGGCGAGCAGUUUGUCCUCUAGUGUCCUGGCCAACCAGGGGGCCGUGCUCAGCCCCAGCGCCCCCACCGGCGUGGGGGACGCCUCCACGGCCCCUGCGGCCAGCAAGCCGGCCCCCACUGGUGCAGCCAGUCCCCUGGCAGCCCCGGCUGCUCCUGCUACAGAAGCCUCCCAGGCCAAGCAGGAGGCUCCCAGCACCAAAGGCCCGGACCCGGAGCCCACCCAGCCCGGCGCCGCGAAGAGCCUGCCCGAGGCAGCCACAGCCCCCGCUAGCCCGAAGAGCGAGGCUGCCUCCGUCAGCGCCACAAACCCUUCCCAGGGCGAGGACUUUAAAAUGGACGAAGGGAACUUCAAGACCCCAGAUAUUGACCUUGCAAAGGAUGUUUUUGCAGCCCUGGGCUCUCCUGCUCCCGCCGCUGGGGCCAGUGGACAAGCCCCUGAGCUUGCUCCUUCCACUGCAGACAGCUCUGUGUCGCCUGCGCCAGCAAAGACCGAGAAGGGCCCUGUGGAAGCCAAGUCGGAGAGCCAGGAGUCAGAAACGAAGCCAGCGCCAGCCGAAGCCCAGACGGUCCCCAACGACGCCACACAGACAAAGGAGAACGAGAGCAAAGCAUGAUGGGCGAGCGGCCAGGAGCAGAGAGCAAAACAUGACGCGGCACAGCAGCUUCCCCGGAGUGAUUCCUGCAUCCCACGCACGCGCGCGCACACCACACACACACACACACACACACACACCUCAUUCCUCUAGUGUCUUUUGCCUUUAAAAAAUUAACUAAAACAGAUAAAUACAGGAUAUCCUUUUUGUAGGUUUAUAGAAAGGGUCCCUUUCUUGCGCACUCACUUGUAAGAAAAUGAGACAAUAAGGUUAAACCCACAGCCAAACUAGGACACUCUGUUCCCUGAAACCAUUUAAAAAAUCAAACAAAAGGACCCCAAAUUAAGAAUCUAGGAAGCUCAGAAAAAGAAAGAAAAAAGUCUAGGUUCGGGAAGACCACACUUGGUGUUACCCAAUUGGCACAGACCUGUUUUAGAGAAACCCUUUCAGGCACUAAGACUAACCGAAUGAACAAAGUCCACAGUUUAUUUUUGUACUUUCAGUCGAGUUCGAACUCUGUAAAACCUCAUAAAUAAGUUAUCAUUUCUGUUCACUUUGUAUUUGUUCAGUAUGCAAAGUGUGUCACCCUUUCUAGCUGAAUUCGAUUCCCACGUAGACUCUUGUUUUGUAGGAAGAAUGCCAAAUCGCAGCUUCUGGGGGUAGAUCUCAAUUUGCAGUAUUUGGACUUUUUAUGUUUCUCUUUGGUUCUCUCUCUCUCUCUCUCUCUUCCUUUCUGCCAACUUUGUUUGCCAGUGUUUACAAGUUGAUAAAUGUUUGACUUCGGUUGUGUUUAUAAAACAGCUGCCUUUUUUUUUUUUUUUUUUUUUUUUUUACUUUUUAAGUAACAAAUUCUGCCUAGAGGUAGGUGAGAUCAUCGCAGGAUUGCUUUAGCAGAGAACUUGACAAAACAUCAUCAUCCGCAGCGGCUCUCCCUGACGCUCUGAUGUGCAGUUUUUACCUGUGUCCGGCCCAGGUGAAAAUCUGUCUCGUCCUGGAAGGGUUUUGUGUUUUGGUUUCAAUUCUUUCUGUGUUCCUUCCGGGGGGGUCAAACCACUUUCUGAUUAGCCGCCACCCACCUGCAUCGGUGAACAAGGCUCUGCUCCCCAGGUGUUGGUGCCCUCGCAUUUGAAGGACUCCUUUGGCUUUGCUGAAUGAAGCAGAGAAGAUUGUAUAGUUGGGGCUGGUCUUGGUGAACACACAUUUUUACCCCAAACAUCCCCUUUUUUUGUAGAAAGCCAAAUAAAACACAUCCAUACCAUCUCCUUUUGAGCCCAGAAUCUAGAUUUGAGCGGAAGAGCAUGUGUGCUUCAGGGAAUUAGUGUCAUUUUUUGGAAAUCUAUGGAAGUCAAAUAACAUCAGCCUUCUGUUCACUUAGGCAGCAUUUGUAGGGAAAAAAAGCAACAGUGACAACAACCACCGACUGUCUGGAAUCAUAACACAACUUCCUGGAUCGGAAACCAAGCGGGGGAAAACAUAACAGAAACUUUAAGGGGAAUGGGAGGGGGGAGAAGGGAAAAGCCAGCCCUUUGUAUAGAAAUUUUGCUUUUGUUUUUCUCAUUCUACUUUAGAACUGCAAGCUUGUGCACUGUGGAUGCGUGACUAUCUUAGUGUGAAACGUGUUUUUGUCAUAGUAUUGAAAUAAAAACUUCAACAUAGUUUGGUUGUGGAAGGUAUAGCAGAUAGUUCAGAAAAAAAAUAUUCAGGAAACAAAAAGAGUUCUUAAAAGGAAUUGAAGCCUUUAAACAAAGCAGAUGAAAUACAGAUGAUGAUGAAGGUGACGCUAAGUAAACAGAAACCAGUCCUCCGGCAUGCAUUCCCUUCCUAAGGUACAAAGCAGCAGAGCUUAGGGUGGUGCGGCUGCCUCUGCCUCUGGACCCUCUCCCCCAUGUUCUGACACUUCUGCGGUCUGCCCAGUGGCGAUGCUAGAUUAUCAUUUCAAACUGUGAAAACUAAUGGUCUUGUCAUUUGCUCAACUUGGGGUUAUUUUGCAUUUUCUCACCUCCUGGGGAUGGAAAUGGAGGAUCCCAGAACCCACAGCCUUGGUUGGUCUCUCUGAUUGUACGGCCUUGUGCAACGUCUGUGGUGCAAAUGCACGGGUUCCAGGGGGAAAAGAAGGCAGAGACAGAUCUUGGAGCAGGCAGCAGAAUGGGAGAGGCUGGGUGCCUGGGACGGGGAGGGGGACGGGCAGGCUCUUCCGGUCACCAGGCUGUUCAGUGGAAUUAGUUCCUCCUCUGUUGAUAUUAAUGGCUUUGACCAAGUAGGCCAAAGCCCACGCUGUACCUCGCGGAAAACGUGCAUUUCACUCCAGGCCGUUGCCAUCAGGCAAACUGAUUUUGGUUGUGAUGGUUCGGAAGAGACAGAGGUUGAGGGAGCCCUCAGAUAACCUGGCCCAGGGCAGCUGACCCCCCUCCCACACCCCCUAGAACCCUGGCUCCACCACCAGCCGGAACCCAAGACUGCCCACACGCUGGCCUGCCUCUCUCCCAUCACACAUACGUGUGUCUCUGCAUGCGUGAGCGUUCCUUUCCUCUUCUUUUAUUUUAAAGAGCAAUGCUUUCUCUAAGAUCAAAGAGGGAGUUACUUUAUUUUCAAGAUGUUCUAUCUUUAUCAAUACUUUUCCUUUCUUAAUUCUUUGAAGGAGGGAUCCACUCCCCAAGUUUCCAGUGUCAAUGUGUCUAUGUGUGUAUGUGCCAUACGUAUGUAUUCACAUAGAGACCGGCAUGGCCAGGUGGUGCGGGAGGGGCGCCCGGGGCCGCGAGCAGGGCCUCCCAGUCCUGCAGGGCCGCCGUGUAUAUAGCGCAGCUUUUCGCCGUGGAAGUCUCUUUUCACACUUUUGUACGGCGCCUUCCACAGCCCAGGGUCGCCCAGCCCGGCUGGCUGGCUGGAUGGUGGUUCUCAGAGCCCUCCGUGAGCAUCCCCCGCCCAGCACUCCGUAUCCGGGGGCCUUCUCUCUUGUUACGAAACUUUUUACCGAGUGAAACACCGAUGCCACCUUUGUUUCCAUUCUCACUGGUGUAAAUACUGAGUACUAACUGAGAAUUUUGACUUUGCAUUCUGUCAGAAUACUUGUGUUCAAUAAAAAUUGAAAGAAAAAAAAAAA